AAAGGUAAAAAUGAUAAAUUCCAUCCCCCCAACCCCAAUUAAUUUUGGGAGACCUGGGUCUUGUCUUAGCUAGUUUAAACCUGAUCAUGAUGUGGCUGGGAGCGAUAUUUCUAAAGAAUGGUAAAAGUGCCUUUGUGGUUGGAUGUCGAAAUGCACACUCUGGCUCAAAUCUGAACUUUGGUCACAAUGUGCACAUAUAAAUUUAGAAUGGGCUGAGAAGGGAAGGAGCUCCACAAGCUACAGGGAGCCGCGGGUGGCAGAGCCUAAACUUGGGCGACUUAAGUAGCAGAGCAGAGGGGUAAGUACAACACCCAUUUAUUUUAUUUAUUAAAGCAAUAGCUCUGGCUAAUAAGAGCGCAGUAAAGGCACUGUGUGCAGCAGAAGCCAAAUCCUACAGUAACUUAGAAUCAGAAUUGGGAGAGGCCCGAGGGUCAUCUAGUCCAACCCCCUGCAAUGCAGGAAUCUCAACUAAAGCAUCCAUGACAGAUGGCCAUCCAAACUCUGCCUAAAAACAUCAAAGGAAGGAGAGUCCAUUUCCUGUGCUUCCUGGUUCAUGCUAACCAUCGUUUGCUGUGAAAUCUGAAGAGGGGGGCGGCGGCACAACAACAUAUCACUGUAGUUCGUUGUGCAAAUCACCCAGCACCCCUGAUUGACUUUAACUGCAAUACCUUAAUUUGUUGGUAUGUGACUGAAUCCCACCAGAAAACAGCAAUAUUCUGGAUGUGCCCUGGUCAGGUUUUCGAGGUAAUCGACCUACGGUUUUGGUUGCUCUAAUAAAAUUGUCACUCUAAUAAGGACUUUGGAAUUUUCCUUUCUUUUUGUGCUUCCCCCUCGUGGCAUUAGACUUAGCUACUAGUGUAUAUCCCUAGUUAUAGGCCAGGCAUCCAAAGUCUGUUUCGGGGGCCUAAUCCAGCCUGCCGAUCGAUGUAAUCCGGCUCCCGUUGCAGCAUAUGUCCUGGGGUAAAAUCCUUCAAAAAGCUCAAAAGUUGAACAACUUGGGGGUUAAAUCCUCAAAAAAAAAGCUCAAUAACUUCAAUCCUUAAAAAAGCUCAACUUUGGUUGGCCCUCACACAUGUUCAGAUAAUCAAAUCUGGCCGUCUUUGAAAAACGUUUGGGCACUCCUGUUACAGGCUGAAUGUAGACACAUCAAAAAUGUGAAUCAGUUAAACAGGUUGUAAACUUCAUACAGGGAAAUCCCACUGGCGAAAGACAACCAUCUGGUGUUACAGUGUUAUAACGCAUAUAAAGUGCUUUAUCUUUACGAAUGUAGCUGAGUCCAUUAUAUAGUUACUCUGGGCAUACUGCUAGUCUGUAUCCAAAGAAACAGAAAUAAGUUGCCAUAUACUGUAAUGCAUCAGACUUUUUGUCCAUCUAAGCCAGGACUGCUUGCACUGGCUGGCAGCAGCAGCUUUCUGUAGUCUCUUGCCAUUGCUGUUGGAUCUCAAUCAAGCAAUCAAUAAUAAAUCUCGGACAACCAAUGAUGGAUUCUGAACCCAUUUUGCCUGCAAGCGUGGGUGCCCAGAAGGGUUCUUACAAAGCUUCCUUGUCUUCACAAAAAAAAAACCAAGGAAUAGGUUCCACCGAGAUUUGAACUCGGAUCGCUGGAUUCAGAGUCCAAAGUGCUAACCAUUACACCAUGGAACCUUACGCAAGAAAUUUCUCUGGUUACGAGACAAUUAGCUACCUGGCUCUGCUACCUCGUAACCUCCAGAGAGUUAAGUGGUUUGAAGAAAGAAAAAGACAAAAAUGUUUCUGAACGACGCUCAACAAGGGGCGCGGGGAGAAGAGCGCAUUCUCUGCGCGGGAGGGGAGGAGAAUGAGCUAGGACUCCUGGGUUCUCUUCCUGGCUCCGAUCGCAAGAAUAGGUUAUUUGGGGGUAAGGACUGCAUUUGGGAGGCAAAAUGUCGAAGUGAGGGGUGGAGAUAAUGACUCUCUAUGGGGAAAUCGUACGGAGGAAGGGGAUCAAGAUUCCUGGGUUUACCUUCCCUCGGCCCUCUCCCCCACCCCCGGCAACAAAGUUUGGCCAUCGCCCCCACGUGCCUCCAUUCAAGGCCGGGAGGGAGGCAGGGAGAUCGGCCAAUGGGGAGGGCGCUGCCUCGAGUCGCCGCCUCCCCCGCGGAUCGUCCCCCUUUUCUCCUCCCACCAAAGGGGCUGCGCGCAACAAACUUUUCCCCCUAGCGCAGCGAAGGCAGGCGCUCCUCUUUUCGCCGCGUGAUCGAGGGACCGCCGGGGUAGAAGAUCGCGCUGUUGUGGGGCUCAGAGAGCGUGUGAGAGAGGGGGCACCCCGCGAGAUCCACAGGUAAUCGUUAUCUCGAUGCCACGCGGGGAACCAGCGUGGGAAGGCUGGCUGGCGAGAUCCAGGGGCGCGUGGAUCCCAAUCAUUUGCUCCGCGGCCGCGCGGUACGAUCUAGUGGGGUAGGAAGUGCUUCUGCGCGGGAUUCGAACUCUAGACCGCUGCGGACAUGUUGGGUAUAACUAGCAGAGGCUAUUUGUGGCUCGCGGAAGUUGUUGGUGAGUUUCCACUUCGCAGGGCUGAAUCCAAUCCUUCCCGGGAUUGCUUCCAGGCCGCGGAAGCUCUUGCAACAGUUCAUCUUGAAGGUGCUACAGAUUUAUUAUUUUUUGUUCCUGCUUAUGUUAAUUUUCACAUCGCAGUCAGAAAUAAUACCGAACCCGCGUGUGGGUUGUUGUCCACACGUGAUGAUUCCUCGCUUGGAGAAAGGGCUGGUGAACAGAGGCACGCCGACUCAGCCCUGUGCCUAGAGAGCAACAUGUGAUCCAAACACGACUUUUUUUUUAAAAAAAGGGGGGGUUAGAAGAGGCCAGCCCACGAUCAUUUUUACAAAUCAGCCCGUGUGCCCCCUUUCACACAAAUGCUUGUGCACGUGGAGAGACAGUGUCUACCCGCAGGUUGUGGCUGUAGUCAGAACAUGUGAGCAAGUAUACAGUACAAUUUUAUUUUCUAGUUACAGGAUUUCAGCAGGCAGUUGCAGGGCAUGUGCAAGUUGGAAAACUGCAGAAUAUCUGUGCUGAACCUUUUGCAGCAGCAAACAGUAUUGAAAGUGGGAGCGCAUAAUGUUACAAUAAUGAGCACAAAUAAUAAUGAAUGCACAAUAAAGAGGAUGUCUGCAGAGGCCCUUAGGCACCAAUCACCUUUUUCUCUUUAGAUAUCUUUAUGGGCGACUGCAUGAAGUCCUCAAUCUGCUUACAGUUAGCCAAGACUAACUAACCCUUAGUCUACAUCCCUGAAUUAAAUGCAUCCUCCUCCCUUGAUUAUACUUGCCUCCAUUUCCCUAGUGCCUCCUUGAAUUUUAGACUGUAGUCUUUGGGGGCAGGGAACUGCUGUCUUGCGCUUCAUAAAACACCUUGGGGCUUUGAUGAGAACAUUAUUAAUCAUCAAUAAGAGCAUCAACACUUUAGUCAGGACUUCACUGAUGGCAGUGACAGUGAAGUCCCAGUUAACUUUAGCUAGAUGGUGUGAAAAGAAUAAAGGAUCGAGCCACAUUCACAGAGCCAAUCUCUGCUGGUUGCAGGCGGUGUGUGGUUUGCUGUUUUGUUCUCAGUUGCCGUUGGAGAGGUGGAGAUUGGGGGAUGUUCCCUGAGCCUUUGAAACUUGGACGAUGAAGCAAGAAAUGUGAUUCGGAGGCCACUGACCUAUUUGCUGCUUCUUAUCUCUGGGAUAUUUGGCUCCAGUGAGCUGGCCUUUGGGACAUCUGUGAUUAGAGCAAGGUGGAUUCUGGGGUGGAGAGGGACAUUGAGAAAAGGGGGCGGGUGGGAAACUCUAUGAUUGAUUCAGCCCACUCAGGGCCGGCUCAUGCAUGAGGCAAGGUGAGGCAACGGCCUCAGGCGGCAGGAUCCACAGGGGCAGCAGAUCUGUCCUCCAAGGAAUGCAUUGCAUACUGCUCUUGCCACCUCUACAGCGGCCUCUUGGUAAAUAGGAGGUGCUAUUGGUCUUCUCCUACCCUUGUUCCCAAUGGACAUCUUCACCCUUCUUCCCUGGUGAGGAGAGCGCCAUUUUGUGGUUUGCCUCAGGCACCAAAAUGUCUUGGGCUGGCCCUGCCACCAGAGCCUCUUCAUCUGUUGGCAGACACACACUGGUAAGCUCUGCCUGUAUGCUCACCCCCCUGGCAUCUUGCUCAGUGUCUUAUGCCAAGGAUGGGCAAGCUCUGGCCCUCCAGAAGUUGUUGGGCUACAGUUCCCACCAUCCCUGGUCGCUGGCUGGGGCGUGGAGUUCAACAUCCGGACGGCCAGCCUUUCAUGCCUUGAGCCCUGCUCCCUCCGUUACUGUGGUCCUUCGCCUGCCAUGGGUCUCUUCCUGCCGUUCUGUGGCAUCUGCUCCCUUUGCCCACCCUUCCUGUCCCUGCAUGGCCUGGGUAGACCAACCUAGGAAGCUGAGUCAGACCCUUGGUCCAAUUAGCUCUAUGUAGUCUACACUGGCUGGCAGCAACUCCAGGGUUUCAGACCCACAACCCUACCUGGAGGCACCUUUUAUGGAGGAGAGCGCUGUCAAUGGCUACUAGAUGGGCGUUCGGCCCGAUGUUCUUAUUGAACCUUCUACACGCAAGGCAGUUUUACUGCCACUGACUUACGUUCCUUCCGCCAUCGAACCUUCCAUCUCAUCUUGUGUGUUUUUUUUAAAAAGGAAAACGGAGGCCCCUUGCAAAACGCCAUCCCAAGCAGUCCCUCACUGUUGCUUUCUCUUCUUUCCUUGGCAGGACUCUGCCAUGGGGGUCCUACACUACUACCAGCGGCCCAGCGAGACGGACACUGAAGUGGCCACACUGCUGCGUUCGGCUGAAGCCAUAUUGGGUAAUGGCCUCCAAGGGGUGCAGAAGGAAAUAUGUUUCAACGUCAACUGGACAGGUACGAAAAUGGGACACGGACUGUGUCUGGAUUCUGAUAUGAAACGAAUGGGGAGGUAUGGAGGGAGGUGUGCAUAUUGAUUCUUUUUUUCCUUUCUGAGUGGUUAGAGGUUUGGCGUGGGGCUGCCCCCCACCCCUUCUUGUCUCAGAGCUAGUUGCCUGUUGGGUGAUUGCCCUGUUGCAUUGUGGGUAGCUAUAAUCGUUUCUCCCUACUGUUUCCUCGCCAGGAGGAACACCCCCAAACUCUGAGGAGACGGAGAAGCUGCUGUGGAUCUUUGGUUGCCCUUUUGAAGACGGCGACAUCGCACCCAAGUCCUUCCUUAGCCCAACUCCUUCAGAUCUGCUGAUAGAGGUCGGGCCUCGGUACGUCCUGAGCUGAGGGGGAAAAGCCACUCUGCCUAUGUCCUAUACAAUAAUGGCAAGGAGGAGAGAGAGAAUGCGUGUAUCGACCAGUUUCAGGCAUCAUGAACAGACCUCAGGCUUAUACAAUUGUAGAGUUAAAAGGUACCCCAGGAGUCAUCUCCCUUGGAAGUUUUUCAGCAGAGGUUGGACGGUAAUCUGUCAUGGAUGCUUUGGUUGAGAUUCCUUCUUCGUUUCCUGGUUCACGCUAACCAUAGUUUGCUGUGAAAUCUGAAGGGGGGAGGACAACGUAUCACUGUGGUUUGCUGCCAAACCAGAACUGGAAACUCUUGUUUAAGAACCAUGGUUUUCAAUUUGUGCUUGGUGGCAAACUAUGGUUUUGUGGAUUUUGAUGUCAGGGCAAACUGGUUACUGAGAAGCAGGGUGGAAAUCAGAGUACGUUGGUAGGAAGGAGUGUCCCGCCCCAAUGCCUGAUCACAACAGACAAACCAUGAAUUAGUUGUGUUGUCUGAAACUCGGCCUUUACAGCUGAAUCAAAUGUUAUAUGAAAGCUUUCAUUUGCUAACUUAUGCUACUUAACCAACAGCGUUGUUUAUUUGUAGGCCACUUCAAAAUAAUUUCACAUAGUUGGUUGUUAUAAGCCAUAUGAAAAUUUAAAUAGUUAUAAAGGCUAACAAAAACAUCUAUUAAUGAAUGUACAGUAAAAUUGAACUGUCUGCUAAUAAUUCACACUAAAUCUUGACCUUAAACAACACCCUCCACCCCAAAGGAAGGAGCAGGUUUUGCUGAAACAAAUGUUUUAUGUUUGUAGGUUGAACUUCUCAACUGCGUAUUCCACAAAUGCAGUGUCGGUGUGCUGGGCAGCCGGACUGGAAAAGAUUGACCGAAUCGAAUGUUCCCGUCGAUACCUUUUCAAGGUGACUGUGGGUGGGUCUAAACACUGGAAGAAAACUGCUGUUAGAUUCCUUAUGUCACCACAUACGCAAGAACCCCAUAGGGAUUUGGAAACGUUUAACCCGAUGGCUUCCACAUCCUUCUCUUUCAGUGCGGGCAGCGCCCAUCGGCCCCCCAGGAGGCCUCCAUAUCGUCUACGCUGUAUGAUCGGAUGACAGAGCAGUGUUACCCAGAACCCAUCAGCAGCUUUGCUAUAGCCAUCCACCCUGAGCCUGUGUUCCAUGUCGAUAUUUUGGGAGAAGGGAGACCUGCUCUGGUCGAAGCCAACAACCAGCUCGGUAUGAAGCAGCGGGGCAAAGCUGGGCUUGGCUAGAGAUGGAGGACCUUCAGUGGCUAUGCUCUGAUUCUGAAUGCCAGUUUCUGGAAGCUAACUCUCAACUUAUUAUUGUCUGACCCUAGCUUGCAUGAGCACAGCUUUGGCAAAUAUCUCAUCGGAUCCUUUCUUCUCUCCUUUUCACUUGCAGAGACCUACGUGGAUUUAGAGCAGCAUUUCUCAAACUUGGGUCUUCAGCUGUUUUGGGACUACAACUCCCAUCAUCCCUAGCUAGCAAGACCCAGUGGUCAAGGAUGAUGGGAGUUGUAGUCCAAAAACAGCUGGAGAACCAAGCUUGGGAAACACAGAUCUAGAGGGAUUCAGCCUUCUGGUCUUAAAGGGUUUUGUGGAAUUUUGGAGCUGUGGAAGGGACCCGAGGGUCAUCUAGUCCAACCCCCUGCAAUGCAGGAAUCUCAACUCGGGUAUCCAUGGCAGAUGGCCAUCUAACCUCUGCUUAAAAACCCUCCAAGGAAGGAGAGUCCACUGCCUUCUGAGGGAGGUGAUAAAGUUGUGUUCGCCCCAGUCAGAGAGUAUUCUGGCCCUACCUCUGAAAGUGGAACUCUGUUCUGUCCCAGUUUCCCUUGAUUAUGAGAAACAAUAUUCUUUAUUUGGCCAGGUUUGUGUGUAUGUGUUUAGGAUAAACUAUAGACACUUCUCUGCCUUACAGGUCUGGCUUUUGAUUCCUGGGAUCUGGACUUCUACACUGACCUCUUCAAGAAACUUGGGAGGAAUCCCACCAGCGUGGAAUGCUUUGAUCUCGCUCAGUCCAACAGGUGCCUGCUUGGCUAUGGGGUGCAGAGGGGUGGGGCGGGAACUGGGAAAAACCUUCCUGCUUGAGGCUCAGGGGAGGCCAUCUUACAGCAUUGAGUCCCGCAGAUUUUCACCAUGCAAAGUUUUUAUAAAGUAAAAGUUUUUCAACUGCAAGUUGCCUUGUGGGUGUGGGAGAGGGCCCUUUUUUGGGUCAAAAGUGACUUCAUUUUUUAAAAAACCCCCAAAACAAAUAGGUGUUGGGUAACCCUAUGCCAGAGGCUUUCAAAAGUCCACAGCUCCCUUGACAAACUGCAUGCUUUCUGCGGCUCCCAUGUGGGGCUCAGGAGCCCAGUUAUGUCACCCCUUGCCUGCAGAGCUGGCGGCCUCUCACCCUUUUUUGAACAUCCUCCCUUGUGACGUGUUCCCUCAGCCUCCUCUCCCCUCUGCUUGGGAGUCCUCUGGGCAACCGCUGCCACCACCUCCGGUCUCUGAGCUGCCCCUCCUGCCCCAAAGAGGUGCCUCCCCACACUGCCCCACAAGAGCCUAGGACUUGUCUGUCCAUUCCCUUGCCCGCUUGCUUGCUAAUUCACUCUGAGGCCACCUCGGCUCCUGGCACCAGCACCCCCUGGCCAGUAUCAGAGCCACCAUUCGCCUGCGGUACUUGUAGCCAGGGCUGCUGGAACAAGCAGCCGUACAAGCCUUUGGGAAGCAGAGAUGCAAGAGGGCAUCAGAGGAGGGAAGGAAGGAAAGAGAGAGAGGCCAGUGUUGCCCCUGACCAUCGUUCAAGUCACCCAGGGUGCCACGGCACACUGGUUGAAAAUGUUGGCAAACAACCAAGGAAGCGGGGGCAAUUGGCAGACCCCCAGCUGGCUCCGUCCCACCAGCCAGUGUACCGGACAAACUCCAGUCCUUGGUACCGCAUAAAUCAGUGACCCGAACUUCAAAAGCUAGGGCACGCUCUAAUCAGCAGAGAUAACGCUAUGCAACAGAAGUGCCAGGAGAGUAUGUGUAAGCAUAUUUACAAGCAAUUUAUUCAGCAUAAGGUAAAGGGACCCCUGACCAUUAGGUCCAGUCAUGGCCGACUCUGGGGUUGCGGUGCUCAUCUCGCUUUAUUGGCCGAGGGAGCCAGCUUCCAGGUCAUGUGGCCAGCAUGACUAAGCCGUUUCUGGCGAACCAGAGCAGCACAUGGAAACGCCUUUUACCUUCCCGCCGGAGCGGUACCUAUUUAUCUACUUGCACUUUGACGUGCUUUCGAACUGCUAGGUUGGCAGGAGCAGGGACUGAGCAAUGGGAGCUCACCCCGUCGCAGGGAUUCGAACCGCCGACCUUCUGAUGGGCAAGUCCUAGGUUCUGUGGUUUAACCCACAGCGCCACCCGCUUCCCUUCCGUUUACUUUUCAUCAUGACAAAAGGAAAACAUUUCCGAUCCCCUUUGUGUCCAAAGCAAGACAGCAUAAGCAAAAGCUAUACACAAACGGAAGUUCCCAGCAAGCUGUGCUGGAGUGUAAACAGGCAUGUGACACACAACAAUCAUGCCUGUUCCUUAAGGUGGAAUGGAAUAUCCCAACAGAAAACCACUGCUCUGUCUACCUCUUAAGUCCAGAGGAGCAAAUGGUGAACACUUGAUGGGGAAUGAUAACAGGAAGGGGCUUAUUUCAGCUUCCCAUAGGCAUCACUCUGGGAAACAGGAUGCUCAACCAUAGAAUCAUAGAAUUGUAAAGUUGGGAGGGAUCCCAAGGGUCAUCUAGUCCAACCCCCUGCAAUGCAGAAAUCUCAACUAAAGCAUCCAUGGUAGAUGACCUUCCAACCUCUGCUUAAAAGCCUCCAAAGAAGGAGAAUCCACAAACUCCCAAGGGAGUUUGUUCCUCUGUCGAACAGCUCUUGAUGUCAAAAAUUCUUCCUGAUGUUUAGUCGGAAUCUCCUUUCUUGAAACUUGAAGCCAUUGGUUCGAGUCUUGCCCUCUGGCGCAGGAGAAAAGCAGCUUGCUCCAUCUUCCAUGUGGCAGCCCUUGAGAUAUUUGAAGAUGGCUACCGUAUUUCCUUUCAGUCUCCUCUUUUCCGGGCUAAACAUGCCCAGUUCCCUCAACCAUUCCUCAUAAGGCUUGGUUUCCAGACCCUCGAUCUUUGGUUAGACCUGGGAUAUUUUUUUUUGCAAAGAACUGUUAACAAGGUCAUUAAAAUGACUUUCUUAGCCCCCUUUCCAAAGCUUUAGGGGCUGUUCAGUGGUGAGUAGAAGAAAAUAAACCUGAUCGCGGUGGAUCAUAAGAGCAUGGCUCCAACAGAGCGCAUGCUUCAGUCCCUGCCACUAAAGUAGGACUCUAAAGGCGAAUAGUAGGCAUGGAAGAUCUUUAUCUAGUUGAGUUCCUGCAAAGCUGGGCUAGAUGGGCCAAUAGCCUGACCUGGCGCCCAGCAGCUUCCUGUCUCCCUAAACCCGCCUCUUCUUUCUGCAGCGAACACAGUCGCCACUGGUUCUUCAAGGGGCGCCUCCUGGUGGAUGGGCAGGAGCUCAAGGAGUCCCUCUUCGAGUCCAUCAUGAAGACCCAGGAGCGGAGCAACCCCAACAACGUCAUCAAGUUCUGCGACAACAGCAGGUGGGGGUCUUCGGGAACCGGCGGGAGGAGCGGGUGGCCUGCAAAAUGGCGGCCUCAACCCCCUGUUGCCGUCUCCGGAGCAGAGAAUAAGCAAUGGGGCAGGCCUAGAACAGAGGUGGAGAACCUGUACCCCUCCUUGAUUCGGUUGAACCUCAACUACCAUCAUCCCUGACCUUUGGUCAAGGCUGAGGGGAGUUUGCAUCCCACAUUGUCUGCAGGGACCCAGGUUGACAACUGCUUUUGAGCCAACUCCUAAGGCCUGGCUGAGGAACUCUGAUCAUUCCAGAUGUGGACAGACUCUUAACUCCCAUCGUGCCUGACUUUUGGCCUUGUUGGCUACAGUCAAUGGGAGCUGGGAGUCCCUUCCCAUGUGUGGCUUUCGGUGGCCAUGUGGCUUCUUCCUCUUCCUUUUUAGUUUUUAUUUAUACUUUCCAAAUUUAUUCAUUUCAUUAAUUUUACAAUCCAUUCAACAUUUCAAAAUUUGACUUCCUUCCCCCUCUUCCUGCGUUUCCUUAAAUUUAUUUUUUCAUACCUUCUGCAUAUCCAAAUUCAUUUAAUUUACUCAUUUAAUUAUCUACUGUAAAUAGAUACUCUUAUAAAACUGCAGUUUAUUACACUAAUCCUGCUAAUGUUUUUAUCUGUUUACAAUUUAACUGAAAAUAUUCAAUGAACCAUUUCCAUUCUUUUAUAAAGAGUUUGUUACCUUGAUUUCUUAUUCUUCUGGUAGGUUUCGCCAUUUCUGCAUAUUCCAUAAGUUUUUGUAUCCAUUCUUCCUUUUCUGGGACUUCUGCUUCUUUCCAUUUUGGGCAAGUAACAUUCUUGCCGCUGUAGUAGCAUACAUGAAUAAAUUUCUAUACAAUUUAGGUAGUUCUGUCCCUAUAAUUCCCAAAAGAAAAGCUUCUGGGGUUUGUUUGUUUAUUAUAAAAGUUAUUCUGAACAUCUUUUUAUAACUCAUUAUAUAUCAUUUCCCAGUAAGCUUUAACCUUACCACAUUUUCCCCAAUUUACUUGGCAAGAAGCCGUGUGGCUUCUUGAAGCUGAGUGUGUGUUUUGUCUUCCCAACACAGUGCGAUCCAAGGGAGAGAGGUCCUUUCGAUGUGGCCCAGCGACCCAUCUCGUUCCAGCCCCUUUGAGAAGCGGACGUCCACCCGGCACGUCAUUUUCACAGCUGAGACCCACAACUUUCCUACUGGUGAGUGGAUGGGAAAGGGGGCAUGGUCUGAAGGGCAGGGGGCUUAUUUCUAGUGCAUCGUAAAUUCCCCUGGCAGGCAGGCACCCCUGUGGACAGCUACUGCCUCAAACAAAUAACAGGCUUCUUUGCAUUGACGGAGUCUAUGAAUAACCUGUCUGGGUGCUCUGUGGAGGGAGUGCAUUUGUGUGGGUUUGACGUUGCUUUUAAACUCUCCUUGCAGGCGUUGCUCCCUUCAGCGGUGCCACCACUGGGACUGGCGGGCGGAUCCGCGAUGUGCAGUGCACAGGCCGUGGGGCCCACUAUAUCGCUGGCACUGCUGGCUACAGUUUCGGCAAUCUGCUCAUACCAGGUUAGUAGCGGUGGCUUGGGCUCAGCAUACUGGAAAGGCAGCUGCAGAAGGAUGUUUUGCUUGGCAACAAAUGGAUAGGUGUUGUGCAGGUUUCUCCCCCCACCCCAGAUUCCUUCCUUCCUCCCGUCCGAGUCUCCACUCCCAUCGUUCAGCCCGGACCCAGAGGUCCAGCUCUGAGGGUCUGGUGCUUCUCACACUGCGAGAAGUGAGGUUACAGCGAACCACACAGAGUGCCUUCUUUGUAGUGGCGCCCUCUCUGUGGAAUGCCUUCCCAUCAGUUGCCAAGGAAAUAAACAACUGUCUUGACUUUUAGAAGACAUCUGAAGGGAGCUCUGUAUAGGGAAGUUGUUUUUUUAAAAAUAUUUGAGGUUUUACUGUGGUUUUAUAAAUUGUUGGGAGCUGCCCAGAAUGGCAGGGGCAAUCCAGUCAGAUAGGAGGCAUAUAAAUAAUAAAAUUAUUAUUAUUAUUACCAGUAGAACUGUGCUUACUGCAUGCCAGUGAGGCGAUCCCUCCCAUUUGCCACAAGAAGGUAGAAUCUGCUGAAUAAAUCACUCCAAUCAAAUACAUUUGCAUAACUUUGACCAGCUGAGAAGCAAAGCCCAAGCACUGAACGUUUGCUUUCUAAUGAUUGGAAGUUGUCUGACUUCUGAGAUUUCAUGUGGUGCCUUCCUUGAGAACUAGAGACGACAUUAUUAUUAUUAUUAUUAUUAUUAUUAUUAUUAUUAUACAGCUGAGAUUUCUCAAGAUGCACCAAGACCAGCAGUUGGUGGAGCAGGGGUGCUAGCUGCCCCCCCUUGCUGCUUGCAUUGCUGUGGCUUACCAGGAAAGAGAGGUGGGGGCACCAGCAAGGUUGGCAUAGUGCGAUAACCCCGGUGGAACCUAUCCGGUGCUCCUGGCAGUGUGUUUGCACCAUGGCGACUUGCCCUUCUCCCUUCCAGUAAGCUGUGAUGACGUCGGUGAUGGGAGGUCAGCUAAGCACCCCUGCCUGCUCCUGUGCAGAUUUGAAAUCCUUUUACUUAUGCCCUAUAAAAUAUGCCCAGAUAAUUGUGCCAUGUGACAGUCUCUUGAGACAGACCAGAAGCUCCUCUUAAUAAGGCAGUCAUGCCCUCCAAUCCAAGACACAGGUGUGCCGAGUUGGGCCUAACAUUUGGGGGGGGGCGGCGUCUCACGUGCAUGACAUCACAUGCACGAUGCCUGUCCCCCAGUCGGGCCACGUCUUCCGGGACGCACAAGCAUCCCUUUGAGGAUUGCCAGAGUGCUUUGUGAUUGUGGCGGGAGAUCAUGGAGGGCAAAAAUCACCCUCUGCGCCGCCCAGCAAGCCAGUGCUCAGCUGGGGUCAGCGGGGGAUGGCGGCCCCCUCAAUAUGGGCGGCUGAAGGCCCUCCUGCCCUCUAUACCCGGUGCCCCCACCAAGGCAGCAAGGUGUACAUGCACAAAGGUGAUUCGAAGCAGCCCUAGGCUAUGGGAGAAAUCUGUCCUGUUCUUUUCCCAUUCCUCUCUGCAGGAUACACAUUACCCUGGGAAGAUCCGUCCCUGCUGUAUCCAGACAACUUUGCCCCACCUGUGGAGGUUGCCAUCAGAGCCAGCGAUGGCGCUUCAGACUACGGCAACAAAUUUGGGGAACCCGUUCUGGCAGGUGAGACUUGCGGCAUGAUGAUCUUUGGCUCCUUUCUUCCGAGGUUCAGCGUCCGGCUGGUUUGUUUGUUUCUCUCUUUGAAACCCUGGCAUCCUUUAGCGACAACUUAGGGCAUCUGAGAGUCCAAAGCGAGGGAGAACGAGGAAGGCUGUGUGUUUGGAAAUGUGAGAAAAUUCCCCCCAUCACCUGUCUUCCAGGCUUUGCACGUUCUUUCGGGCUCCGUCUGGCAGAUGGCGAACGGCACGAGUGGAUCAAGCCUAUCAUGUUCAGUGGUGGGAUUGGAGCGAUGGAAGAUGCCCACGUCCGCAAGGAAGCCCCACAGCCUGGUAAUUUUUAUUUAAUUUAGCCUGUUUGGGAGAUUGCGCUUGCUGUGAUAUGCAUCUAAUACACAUGCUGUUUAUUCCUUCAGCGCUGAUGCAUUUGCUCAUGCAAAAAUGAUUCAUCGAUCGAUUGACAGCGAUGAAUUUACCACUCUAUUAUUAUUAUUAUUAGUAGUAGUAUUUAUUAAACUUAUUACUCGCUUUUUUAAAAAAAGACGUAGCUCAAAGGGACUUACGAAAAGAAUUGGGGGGCCAUCACUGAAAAGUCCAGUUCUUGCGUUCUUUGAACCUCCCAUGAAUGGGGCACCUGGAGAAGGGUCUCCGAUGAUGAUGACUGCAGGAACCGGGUCAGUUCAUAAUAAUAAGUGCUUGCUUAUUUUGCAAAAAUGUGUUAGGGUACCUCUGUUGAGCUUGGGGAAGUUAAAGAGCUGCUGAAGCAUUUGCUGCUGUGGAAAUCUCACCCUCCCAUCACUUGCAUUUUGAUAUUUUACUAGAUGCUCCCAAGGAGUCAUGAGGACUAGAGCCUUUAUUUUUUAAAGAAAACAAAUCACAGUUGAGAUUCUCAGAAUAUUGAAUUUGGACCAGAUGUUAGAUUCUUUCUUUCUUUCCAACUGUACAAUUGCGACUCAAGUUCCCAUUUCCUUCUCAGGUAUGAAUGUCGUGAAGGUUGGAGGCCCCGUCUAUCGAAUUGGUGUUGGUGGUGGAGCUGCUUCCUCCAUCCAGGUAAGUUGGGCGUUGCCUUCUGCUCCUCACCUUUGCAGGUGAAGGUGGCAUCUCCCUAUCAAAGCCUUAAGGCGAAGGUUCGGAGAUGCAGGUACCUUUUAGGAGUCCUGGGCAGCAGAGAUGUAGCAAGGUGGGUGCGGUUUGCCCCGGGUGUCACCUCCCGGGGUGUGUGUGACAAAAUGCUGUGUGACACUCAACGUCUGUGAGAGACGCUGUGGCACGCGCAGGCUUCCUUCUGGUGAAACUGUCCACCCUCUACCUCAGCUGUAAAAAGCUCAAUAACUUUGCCUGCAAAAAAAAAAUGAAAUAAAGUCAAACCAUUUUUGCAGGCAAAAAAUAAAUAAAUCCCAAUGUGCGGGGGUGGGGUGGGGUGUUACAAGCAAUUUUCCGCCCCGGGUACCACGUGACCUUGCUAUGCCACUGCUGGGCAGCAGGCAAUGAUGGCCCUGCUUAUUGGCCUCAUUCCUUGGCCUUCUUCUUAACUGGUGAUUACUCGUUGCCGACAAAGCUACCGCUUCCCUCUGCGAAGCCCUUCACACCUGCAAAUGCUCCCCAUGUGUGCAGGUGCAAGGGGACAACGCCAGCGAACUGGAUUUUGGGGCGGUGCAACGUGGCGAUGCUGAGAUGGAGCAGAAGAUGAACCGGGUGUUGCGAGGGUGCGUGGAGAACGGGGAAGGCAAUCCCAUCUGCAGCCUGCACGACCAGGGCGCUGGAGGCAACGGUGAGCGGCUCGGAGAAGGCUUAUGGGAACGUGGCUAUAGGCUUAGCCGUAUGUGCUCUCGCUUUUUCCCCUCCUGAGUGGUUUGAUUUGGGCCACAUGCCGCAGCUGAAGAGCGUUUGGACCUUACGGCGAAGGGGAAACUUGCAGGAUGAAGAGCAGAACGGUUUCUAGUGGUUCAGAUGUGGUUGAACAGGAUAUUCCUUUGUGAUGUUGGGGGACCAGGGAAGGGCCGUAGCUCAGAGGUAAAACACCCUGCUUUGCAUGCAGAAGGUCGCAAGUUCAAUCCCCGGCAUCUCUGGGUAGGACUAGCGAUGUCCCUUUGCCUGAAACCCUGGAGAGUUGUCACAACAAUUCUGAGCUAGCUACACCAAGGAUGUGACUGAGCUAGAUGGAUCAAAGUUUGGACUCGGUAGAAGGCAGUUUCCCGUGUCCCUACAUCCCUAAAUGUCCCAUUUGACCACAAAGGUUAUGGGAAGACCUUAAGACAAUCCAUCCCCUGUAGCAUAGCCAACUUCACUAUAAGAAUUCUAUACCUGCUUGGUACAUUAACUGGCUCAUUGGCCUAAGGGUUUGAUUCUUGCUUUGGGUGCAAGAGGUCCUAGGGUCAAAUCCUUCUUUCUGGUUUCCCACAGGUCUCUAGCUGGCCACUGUGAGAACAGGAUGCUGGAUUUGAUUGGCUAGCAGGGUCUUCUUAUGUUUACAUUGCUACAAAGAAAUUACGUUAACUAAGCGGCAGUAAACGAUUUGUGAAUAGCAAUAGUUUUGUUGCCUGGAUGCUCUAGGAAGAGGAAAUGGAAGAUGAGAAGGUAGUCUUUGGCCAUCAGGGGUUCCCCCAGGGAAUGAAUGGCUGCAGUUAACCAUUCCCUCCACCUCCAAAGGUAGAGAUGGUCAACUCUACCUGGAUGGAUAAGGACAGUGUUCUUCAACCUUGGGUCUGCAGAUGUCGUUGGACUACAAUUCCUAUCAUUCCUGAUCUUUAGUGUUAUCUAUUGGGAUGAUGGCAGUUGUAGUCCAGCAGUAUCUGAAGACCCAAGGUUGAAGAACAUGAGAUAAGAAUGUUUUGAGCUGGGUGCGAACAGUAGGCCAUUGACGGAUGCUUUUCUGGGUGAUAAUAAGUUUGGAAGAAUUAUAGUAGCUGCUACCUUCAAGGAUUUGGGUGUGUGUGUGAGAGAGGCCUCCAAAGAAACUCUUUGCUUUUAUUUUAGGGAAUGUGCUGAAGGAACUGAGCGAGCCAGCCGGGGCUGUCAUCUACGCAAGCCGCUUCCAGGUCUGUUUCUCAUUUAUGACUUUCCUACAGACGCUGUGGGUUAAACCACAGAACCUAGGACUUGCUGAUCAGAAGGUCAGCGGUUCGAAUCCCAGCAACGGGGUGAGCUCCCGUUGCUCGAUCCCUGCUCCUGCUAACCUAGCAGUUCGAAAGCACGUCAAAGUGCAAGUAGAUAAAUAGGUACCGCUCCAGCACUGCUCUGGUUUGCCAGAAGUGGCUUAGUCAUGCUGGCCACAUGACCCGGAAGCUGUUUGCGGACAAACGCCGGCUCCCUCGGCCUAUAGAGCAAGAUGAGCGCGCAACCCUAGAGUCGUUUGCAACUGGACUUAACAGUCAGGGGUCCCUUUACGUUUACCUUUUACAGACACCAAGCUCUUUGUCUUCUGAUCUACUGUCCUUUAUAUCUAUUGAUUACUUCCCCAUAGAUGGUUCCCUGUUCCUAAAUGCACAGAGCAGGGAGCAGUAGAUUUAAAAACAAACCUAUGCAAACAAAAAUCUGGGAAAAUCCCAGAUUAAAUCUACAUCUGGGUGGAGAACCUCAGACCUGAAGGUUAGAGGUGGCCCUCCAGAUGUAUUUGUCUGGGCUGCAUCCUCUUUCCCACCCAGUGCAUCUGGCUUAGCACCCUCCUUGAGUGUUUUUGCCUGGUUGGAAUGUGCCCAUGAACUCUUACAGCAUAUAUAAAAACAAAGUUAUGUAGUUUUUUAUCUCCUUGACAUUAGAAGGGAGGGCGCCACCACCAAGAAGGCCCUCUGCCUUCUCAGUCAGUUCUUCGUCCCUCAGUUUCUCUCUUUCUUCCUUUUCCCAGCUAGGAGACCCCACGCUGAGUGUUCUGGAGAUCUGGGGUGCCGAGUACCAAGAAUCCAAUGCCCUCUUGCUACGCCCGCGCCAUGCAGAUUUCCUGCGACGUCUUGCCCGCCGUGAGAGGUGCCCUGUCGACUUCGUGGGCAAGAUCAGUGGCGAUGGACGGGUAAGACAGCAGGAGCAGGGAAAGGGGUGGAGAGAAUGGCUGAAACAAACCAAGCUUUGAUGUGGGAAGGCCUGUGCAGAAAACCAUGGGCGUUAUUUGGACAUAACAAUAAACUACACUAGCGGCCAAAAUUGUGGAAACCUUUUGGAAAAAGUUUGUUUCUGAGGUUUGAUGGCUCAUAACACCACUUUUGAGUAAUGCCAUAACAUUAUAUAUCAAUGGAAAUAUAAUUUAAUGAAGAAUGCAAUGCAACAAGGUUUGUUCCAUUGUCUGUAUUCUAUCAAAAGUUAUAGCCAAAUAACCAGAAAAAGGAAGCACAACUUGCUUAGGUUGAUAUGCAGUACCUUUCCUUCAUUUGAAUGUAGCCAGUGAGCAGGAGUGUUUAGAGAGCCAAUCAGGUGUUAUGAGCCAUCAAACCUCGGAAAUACACUUUCCCCAAAAGGUUUCCACAAUUCUGGCCACUAGUGUCCAGUUGUGGGAACUAGCUGCAGCCGAGAAUCUUGGGGUCCUGUAUUUCUUUUUCAUGGACGUAGUUUAGCAUUCUGUCCAAACCUUGACCUUAUAUAUAUACAGUGGUACCUCGGGUUAAGUACUUAAUUUGUUCUGGAGGUCUGUUCUUAACCUGAAACUGUUCUUAACCUGAAGCACUACUUUAGCUAAUGGGGCCUCCUGCUGCCACCGCGCUGCCGGAGCCCGAUUUCUGUUCUUAUCCUGAAGCAAAGUUCUUAACCUGAGGUAAUAUUUCUAGGUUAGCGGAGUCUGUAACCUGAAGCGUAUGUAACCUGAAGCGUAUGUAACCCGAGAGAUACCACUGAGAGAGAGAGAGAUAGCGCUAGAUUUUAGGAGUGCAAACCUUCACUGCGAUGAUCGGUUUUCUGCUCCUGGUGUGGGGCAGACAUUGUUCGGGCCUGGGAAACUGGGGAGAGGUUAAAGUUGAGUGCCAAAAUCCAAGAAGGGAGAGAAGGGAUUGGGAAGGUUUGAAGGCUGAACACUUUGGGAAGCAGGUGGUCUGUAAAAGUGACUCCUCUUCCUUGACAGAUCGUGCUAGUUGACGACACAAAGGUCCCGGCGAGCGACGUGGAGCUGGAGAAGGGGCAGGUUGGAGGGAGAGCCACUCCUGUGAACUUGAUGCUGGAAUGGGUCCUUGGCAAGAUGCCACGCAAGGUAUGGCACACCUAUGUGUGUGUGUGUGUGUGUGUGUGUCCUCCCCCUGCCCUGCCAUCCCCAAAGAAAAGUUUUGGUAAAACAUCUGUUUAAAGGUGUCCCAGUAGACCAAGGGUGGAAGAACCUGUGGCCUUCCAGACAUUGGACUACAGUUCCCAUCUUCCCUUACCACUGGCCAGGCUGCCUGGGGACUGAUGGGAAUCAGAGUCCAAAGACAUGGAUGGCCACAGGUUGCCCCCCUCCUGCAGUAGAUCUUAAUUCUUUGAAUCUGUGAUACUAUUAUUAUUUAUUAAAGUUGUAUACCGCCCUUCAUUCGUAGAUCUCAGGGCGGUUCACAGCAUAAAAACGUGAGACAAAAACACAAAAUACAUAAUGCAAAGGAAAAGCAAAACAAACCAAUCCCUCUCCCACAAACACAUUUGAAAAGCCAUAGAAUGUUAAUCAGCCAAAUGCCUGGUUGAAGAGAAAUGUUUUUUGCCUGGCACCUAAAGAUUUAUAGUGAAGGCACCAGGUGAGCCGCCACAGAAAAAGCCAAUUCUCGUGUCACCACCCUCCCAUCCCUUCUCUAAAAUGCUCUGGCUUGGAUUCCAAUAUCCUGUGUCCAUUAUUGUUAAUUCCUUCAGCUGGUUAGGAUCUGUCCCUUUUAUACUUAUUGGACGAAUAUUUUCAGGAACUUUGUUCUUUUGUAUUUGAUAUAGAGUUGUUGUUUUUAUUUAAAAAAUGCGUUCUCAAGCCGUUUUGCGGACCUGUCAGUUGCUUUGAGACAUUUUCUUAGUGGUGAGGAUGUGUCGUAAAUGAACAAACAAUGGUGAUGAUUUCUGCCAACCAGGAAUUUGUUUUGAAUCGUGUCCACCGAGACCUCAGCCCUCUAUCUCUUCCCCGUGGCCUUAGUGUGUCAGACGCCCUCCAGCGUGUGCUCAGGCUCCCAUCCGUGGCAAGCAAGCGCUACUUGACCAACAAGGUAAAUGCCUCUCAGAUUUGCGCCUCUGGGUUCUUUUAACCCAGCCAUCUUUUUUCAAAAUGGAGGGAAGGUAUAUUUGCUGCUGAUUUGAUUUUCUCCUCUUUUCCCCUCUGCCCUUCUCCCUCUGGUACAGGUCGAUCGCUCAGUGACGGGCCUGGUGGCUCAACAACAGUGCGUCGGCCCCCUUCACACCCCACUGGCGGACGUUGCCGUGGUGGCCCUCUCCCCCUUUGAGACGGUGGGAGGAGCCACGGCCAUUGGGGAGCAGCCUAUCAAAGGGCUCAUUGACCCUGCAGCUGGUGCCCGAUUGUCUGUGGCAGAGGCCCUCACCAAUUUGGUCUUCGCUCGGGUCACUGACCUUAAGGUGAGGCAGUCUGCACCCCACCCCACCCCACCCCACCCCUGACAUUUUCCCUUCUUGCCUUAAUACAGUGGUACCUCGGGUUACAGAUGCUUCAGGUUACAGACUCCACUAAUCCAGAAAUAUUACCUCGGGUUAAGAACUUUGCUUCAGGAUGAGAACAGAAAUCGCGUGGCACGAAGAACGGACUUCUGGAAUGAAUUAAGUCCUUAACCUGAGGUACCACUGUAUCUCAGUUUUCCCUCCUCUCAGUUUAUCCAAGGUGGACUAAGGCUGAGAGAGGGUGACUAGCUUUUCACUCUGCAAAAGUCUUCUCAAUGCCCUCAUUUUACUAGAAGCUGUGGUAUUUUGUGGUGUUUUCAGUUUUAAGAAAGGCUGCUUUCAUUAUAUAAUUUUGUGCAAUAACCAACAUGACUGCUGAUUGGUUUUCUUUACUACUUAUCAUAUUACUUUAUUUUACGUUGCACACUAGCCUAAAGGGGCCAGGAAAUGUUAAUAUCUGUUAAAUUGGCCAACCUGAGGCCCUGCAAAUGUUUUGUGCUGCAACUCCCAUUUGCGCCAUACUGGCUGGGAGUUGUAGUCUACAACAUCUCAGGAGAGUGGGCAGGGGAGCAGGUUGGCAAAGAUGUGUUAAAUCUUAAUAAUACACAAACACUCAGAUAAUGGGUUGCCUCUGAUUGGGCUGGGUGAUAUAUCAACAUAUUGUCCCAAACCGGUUUGAAGUCCAUAUCGGUUUCAUAAUUUUUGCCCUGGCGAAUUGCGAAUCGUGAUGUGUGUGUUAUGCAAACAUUUUUAAACGGGGGAAACCGUGACGCCAGCCAAUGCCUCUACACAGCUCCAUCCUUAUUCCAGACAUGGUGAUAUAUCAGUAUAUCGUGGUGUUUAGCUUGGUGACAUAUCACGAUGUUGAAAACCAGAUAUCGCCCAGCCCUAGUCUCUGAUCAUAUUCUGUGUAGGACCCUCACUGAAAUCAACGCAUUUCUCUUAUGAAACCUCUAAGCGGUUUAAAUAUAAAACAUUAAUUUGUGUGCUAGAGUUGGAGGCUAGCCGUACGGGCAACCGCCUCCUUCCCACUGUUGCCUAACCUCUCUGUCUAUGUGGCGGCGACAUUUGUGUCCUUCCAGGAUGUGAAAUGCAGUGGGAAUUGGAUGUGGGCAGCCAAGUUGCCUGGCGAGGGGGCUGCCUUGGCGGAGGCCUGCAGGGCCAUGUGCUCUGUGAUGGGUGAGCUGGGCGUGGCUGUGGACGGCGGAAAGGACUCCCUCAGCAUGGCAGCCCGCGUUGGCACGGAGACCGUUAAGGCACCUGGUGAGGAACAGAAAAGCUUCUGCCAAGGGAUGGGGUGGUUGCCCCCUUCCUCCAAAAUAAAAAUGCUCUCCUCAAGUUCGGAGGGUUCUUUUAUCUGAGGAUCUGAGGCUUGUUUUGUCCUCUCUCUUUUUUUUUCAUUUUCAACUCCUCCCUUGCCCUUUUCAUAUUUUUGCUGCCUUUCCAAGCCAUCUCUGCUACUUAUUUUGGAAGGAGCGGCUUCUGAUAGGCAUUCAGACAACCUUUAAGAUAUUGUAACCAAAUUUUGCUGGGUGAUUCCUGAGCUCAAGGAGCAGAUAUUCAUCAGCGUUGAGAUAAAAUUGCAAGCCCUUUUGAGUAAAAGUAGUGAACUUAACGUUUUGAAACUGCACCAGUUUAACUGCUGACUUCAAAACUGCAGAUUAAAAAAAAAUAAAUCUUAGCACUUCUGAGCAAUGCCAGGUAUGAGGUUGCCAGUGUGCUUGCGCUAUAUAUAUGUGUGUGUCUGUGUGUCUCUCUCUGUGUGUGUGUUUCGCAUAUGUGCACAGAUGCACAAACAUUUUCCAAAUCAACUGAAUGUGGAUUGUAACUAGAGAGGCAUAAACCCAGGUCUGCAGAAACACUUCUGAAAGGGAGAGAAAAAGGUUAGGCUCUAGCUUUGUCUAGUCUCCCGGGAAAUAGAUCUCCCCGCUCCUUGGGCUGAUGGGACAUUCUGUCAAAAACACAGGAGCUAGAGGCAGCUUCUAAGUUUUCCCUGUGGUUGCACCUUGUCAAACAAGCUCAGAAAAAUCCCCUGUGGCUGCUUCACUUUUGGUCCCCUUGACAGGGGGAAGGAGGGUGUUGUUAUUUCCUAACAAGCUGUUCCCCAGGCACCUUGUAGCUUGACUGCAGGCGACUUUGGAUGUUUUCCUAGCUCUCAAUAAAUGUGCUUUAACACUCUGCAUAUUUUCUCCAUUCCAACUCUUCUCCCUCCACCUUUAUGCUCCUUUCCCCAGGAACACUUGUCAUCUCAGCUUAUGCUGUCUGUCCAGAUAUCACUGCUACGGUGACCCCUGACCUCAAAUGUCCAGAUGGAAAAGGUAAAGUCAAGAGCUGGUGAGAAGAACAUCUUUCUGCCACACUCACCAUCUUCUCCCACCUCAUCACUGUGGCUCGUCACACCCUUUGAGAACCACUGCUUUAGAGAAUGACUUGUAGAAUAUUUGCUAAUACAGUGGAACCUUGGUUCUCGAACGGCUUAGUUGGCAAACAAAUUGGCUCCUGAAUGCCAAAAACCCGGAAGUAAGUAUUCCGGUUUUUGAACAUUUUUUGGAAGCUGAACAUUUGACGCAGCUUCCGCUUGAGUGCAGGAAGCUCCUGUUACCAAUUGGAAGCCAUGCCUUGGUUUUCAAACGGUUUCAGGAGUCGAACGAACUGCAGUGUUUUCUCUAUUUUAGCUAUUCCAGAGGGUGUGAUGCCAAGCAUUUAGUGUAAGAUUUUGGGCUUCUUUUCCAUUCUUUUGCAAUUCCUUCUUAAGAUCAGAUAUAAGGCCAAUUCUUUUGGCAGCGGAUCUAUCCAAAAUAUCCAGUAACAUCCCUUUCAGACAAGAAGCAAUGGCUUCUUUAGCAAUAUUUAACAUAUCUGUCAAAAUCAAAUUCCAAAAACACUGCACCAACUUGCCUUCCCACCAUAAAGGAUAAUAUGUACUAAGUGCUGACAACAAUUAGAUCUCUUCCCGACCCCUUUUUGUAGGUGUUUUGCAGUGGAGAGAGGAAAAAUCCAAGACAAUCAUUUUGUCCUCUUCGCUGAUUUCUUGGGCAUUUUUUCAGGGACCCUUCUUCACGUGGCAAUCUGUCCUGAUCGGCACCGCCUGGGGGGCAGCGCUCUGGCCCAGUGCUUCUCUCAGCUGGGGGACGUUUCGCCAGACCUGGAUAAUCCCAGCACCCUUGUUUCCUGCUUCCAAGUCACCCAGAGUCUGCUACAAGGUAAGCAUGCGUUGAACGAGGACGGGGUCACCCCUGGCCUGCCCACCCCCACCCCCAGAUCCAGCGCUGCUGGCCCCAGUCCCUGGUACGACAUACCUAAAUAUUUACUUAUAAUUCCCCAUUGGGUAAAGGCACUCUAAACACACCUAAAUGAAAGGCAAGCACUCCACCUCUGAGCCAUGGCAGAAGGCAGGCGGAAGGUGGAAAGAAGAAGCAGGUCCCUUAUACUUCUGUGAUGGGAAAGAGGAUUUGGGGGUAAUCUGAACUCUACACCAAAGAAAAAGGAAUACUCUGUGACCUGGGUAAACUGAGCACAGGUGCAUGUAUGUGCUUAUUAAUGUAUUUUAAAUCUUUUGUUGGACGCUGCCCAGAGUGGCUGGAGAAACGCAGCCAGAUGGGCAGGGUAUAAAUAAUAAAUUAUUAUUAUUAUUAUGCGUAAUUCUGCUUCUGUUUGCCAUAAGGAAGGGGCAAUUUGUAGAAUUUGUACUGUUAAAACGGAAAGGGGUCAAACCAUCGCAAGAGGUUUUGACAUUUUGGGAGAUUAGAUAGUUACAAUGGAAUUGUCUUGAGGGUAGGGUGCACAUUUUUUUAUUAUUAUUAUUACUUUGUCAAAAAUAAAAAUAAAAGGAAGGGGUAACAAGUUUUGCAGGGCUACGAAGUCAAGCUCUUUGACUUCUACAGAUCCUGCUCUUACCUUGCCCAGUGUUGUGUACAAGCCAGCUUCCUAUCUAUACUAGAAACUUCCUUUUCAAAUUAAAUAAAACAUAGGUUCUUGGGACUGCAGAAGCUGCUGUUCCAGUAGCAAAGUCUCUCUUGUGUGUGUUUUUAACAAAGCUGAGGACAGCACUCGGCCACACAGACAAAUUUCUUCUGUCACACAGAUGAAUUUAUUUCUCUCUCCCACAGACGCAGUGAUUUCCGCAGGGCAUGAUGUGAGCGACGGCGGCCUCUUGACUUGCAUGCUAGAAAUGGCCUUUGCCGGGAACUGCGGUGCCCACAUCGAACUGGGGGCGCCUGGAGUCAAUGGUCAGUGAGUUAGGGAGAAGAGGAGUUGUGGCAUGGGAGUUUGAGGGUGGCACUGAGCCUGAGUUGCUGUCGGAGAUUGGCUGAUUUGGAACAAGAUAUUCAGUGGGGAGAGAGAGAGCGUCAAAGGGAAGUCCUUGGCAAAUGAAUGUGCAGGGCAGGGGUAGCUGGGAUAGUGCCUUGAGAUCAAAGCAUGAGCUGGAGAGUUGGUCAGGGGUAGAGAAGAAGGAUGCUUUUGAAUUAUGGUGCUGGAGGAGACUCUUGAGAGUCCCAUGGACUGCAAGAAGAUCAAACCUAUCCAUUCUUAAGGAAAUCAGCCCUGAGUGCUCACUGGAAGGACAGAUUGUGAAGCUGAGGCUCCAAUACUUUGGCCACCUCAUGAGAAGAGAAGACUCCCUGGAAAAGACCCUGAUGUUGGGAAAGAUGGAGGGCACAAGGAGAAGGGGACGACAGAGGAUGAGGUGGUUGGACAGUGUUCUCGAAGCUACCAGCAUGAGUUUGACCAAACUGUGGGAGGCAGUGGAAGACAGGAGGGCCUGGUGUGCUCUGGUCUAUGGGGUCACGAAGAGUCAGGCACGACUAAACGACUAAACAACAACAACAAAGAAAAGAAGGGCAUGGAGAACGUUGGGUGGAGAAGGAUGAAAAUAUUUCCUUGACCUGGAUCUGAGAAUGCAGCUGCAGCUGCUGUCCAUUGGGUCUGAUGAGGUGGAAAGCUGGGAGCCGACAGCAGGUGGUGCCAGAGCCCAGAGCAGGCAGAGCCAAUUCUGUUCCCAUCUGCCUCCCUGUUGAGUUCUGCAAGAAGCAAGGCUAAGACAAAGGAGGAGGCACUGGUAGUCAUUGCAGGCCAUAGGUGUAGCAGCAAUUGGCAUUCAGAGAGGCCUUGGAACUUGGAAGUGGUAUAUACCAGCCAUCCUAACUAGCAGUCACCGGUAGCCUUAUGCUCCCUGAAAUUUACAAAACUCAUUUUGUAAAAGCCGUCUGAAUUGAUGGCCGUCGCCACUUCUUGUGGCUAUAGUGAAUCACGUCCUUUGACUAUCAGACUCUGGCCCAAGACAUCUUUGAUGCCUAGGGCAAAGGACAAGAUGGCGCCCCUUCGACGUUCAGAAAAUCGAGAGCUGACUCAGACUUCAGCUCCAGGAACAAGAGAGCAGCACCACAUCUAAGGGUUGCUGGCUGGGUUAGGGGGUACAAUGCUCUCCUGAUUUUGAGGGGAAUAGCCAAUGAGGUGCUGCUGCCACCCUCAGUUUCUGCCGCCUGAGGCAGUUUCCUCCCUUUGUCCUAUGGUCGCGCCGGCCCUAUUUGACUAGGCAUUGUGUCUCUUCUGAAUCUUCCAGCAUUCAGCUCCUGUCAGGGUGGUGCCAGCAGCUCCCGGCUGGUUGCCCAGGAAAGUAUAAAGACAAGGAAAAGUUUCUUACAGUCUAUUUUUCUUCUUCAAUCUUUACAGAGAGAGGCUAUAGAAUCCAGCCUCUUGGAUAAUGGCAUUGUCCUGAGUGAAUCUCUAUCCUCCCGUCUCUCCUACCUCCUCUUUCAUCAUCAUCAUCACCACCUCCUCCUCUACGGGUACCUCUGUCUUUGAGCUCUUUGCUCUCCUACUUUUAAGGCUUGCCGGGUUCUGAGAGAUGGAGGGUCUGGAAUGCUUUCUAAUAACAAUGUGUCAGCCAGGUGUUGCUCUGGCUCUCCCGUGAUUUCCCAGCUUUCCUCCUCAUCUGCCUCUGAGCUGCGACCUCCCUCAAAUCCCUGCUGUAAAUCUAUAGUGUCUUCCUCUUCGUCCUCCCUGGAAGGGUCAGGAUGGGGAGGUAGUCUCCACCAUUCCUCCUCUGCCCAGUCCCUCACAGCUCCGUUGGAUGACCUCCACUGGAUUGUGAGAAGGAGGAGGACUUUUCAUUGUCCUCUAUAAUGUCCUAGCCUCUUUACUUGCCUUUCCCCCCUUAAAUUAACUAGCGCCCUUCCUUGCAACCUUCCAUUGUUGUUUUGCUUGUCCUUUUCCGGUUCCCUCACCCUAACGCAGUCACACUUCCUCUCUUCCCUUAGCCCUUGAUGUCCUCUUUGCUGAGGAGCUGGGCCUGGUGCUAGAGGUGCCCCGUGCGGCGGCGGCCGACGUCUGCCAACGGUACCGGCGGGCUGGCGUGCGGUGUGUGCCAGUUGGGCAUUCAGGCCCCCGGGGCCCUAAUGCUAUGGUGAGUGUGGACGUGAGCCCUGGGGGGCAGCAGUGGGGCUGGUGGCGGGAAGACUUGCUUAAAGGGUUGCUGUUAGAGUUUAUUUCCAGACCGCCUUUCAACCAAGAAAGACGCUCCGAGGCAGCUCACAAAGGAUACCACACAAACACAACUUUCGAGUAAAAAAACAAACAAACCCUUUCUAGUUAUUUAUUGCAUUUAUAUCCAACCCCUUUUCUCUGAGGAGGCGGCGUGCAUGGUUCUGCCCCUCUUCCUCCUUUUAUCUGCACAACAUGCCUGUGAGGUAGGCUAGGCUGAGAGGCAGUAGCUGGCCCAAGGUCACCCAGUGAGCUUCAUGGUUCAACUAUGGAACUCACUCCCACAGGAAACAGUGAUGGCCACCAACUUGGAUGGUGUGUGUGUGUGUGUGUGUGUGUGUGUGUGUGUGUAUAUAUAUAUAUAUAUAUAUAUAUGUAUGUAUAUAUGUAUAUGUGUGUGUGUAUCUGUAAAUUUUUAUUAACUUUUCUGUUUUACAAUUUAGAAUAUGCAUUUAGACAACCUUAACAUAUCAAUGACUUCCCUUCUUCUUUUUCCAUGGUUGAUUUUGCAUGCCAUAAAUCCCUGCAUAUUUUAUAUAAAUGAAACCAUUCAGUAUUCCGUUAUUACUUCCAUCAAAACUUAUUUACACUAUUGAAUUUACCCUAAUGCUGCCAACGUUUUCAAGUGUACACAAUUUCCCCCCCAUAUAUUCAAUAAACAUUUUCCAUUCUUCUUUAAACGUAUGUUCUUCUUGUUCUCUUAUUCUGUAUGUUAGGUCUGCAAGCUGCACAUAUUCCAUCAGCUUAAGUUGCCAUUCUUCUUUAGUUGGGACCUCACUCAUUUUCCAUUUUGGGGCUAACAAAACACAGGCGGCAGUAGUGGCCUACAUAAAUAACCUUUUUUGACACCUGGGAAUUUCCAUCUGAAUCAUCCCAAACAAAAAGGACUCUGGUGGUUUUUUUUGGGGGGGGGGGGAGAAGUGCUUUUAAACAUUUUUUUUCCAAUUCAUUAUAAAUUAUUUCCCAAUACUCUUUUACCCUUUUACAGGUCCACCACAUGGCCAAGCAGGAAUUUGGUCUUCCCACUUACUCCCCCUCCUUUUUUUAAUUUGCAUUUUAUUUAUUUGUUAACAUUCUUAUAUUACAUCGGUAAACGUUGUCAUAUUACAUUACAGGACUUACUAUAAUAUAAUUUCCAACAUGUAUACAAAAAUUAUAUACAAAUUUUAUAUACCUAGAAAGAAAAUGAAAAAAGGAACAAAAAGUAAAAACGAAAACAAUUCCCCCCCAAAAAAUCAUAUACAUACCAACACACUAGAUUUCCUAUCUAUCCCGUUGUAUAUUCCUUUUUUACACAUGAAUGUACUCUUAUUAUUGUAUAUUUCUUUGCAUUUUAUCUAAUACAUUCCUAUAUCAAUAUGUGCUUUUAGUCUUUUUUCUCAACUCAGUCUCACUCCAACGUCAAUCAAAUGCCAGCAUAGAUAGCGAAACUUUACUGUAUUUUUGAACAUAUGUUUUAUAUCUAUCCCACUUUUCCAUAAAUUUUUGUUUCGAAUUGCCUCUCAGGGUGUUUGUUAACUGAGCCAUUUCAGCAAAUUCUUGUAGCUUGUAAUGCAGUCCACUUACUCCCCUCUUUACGGUUUUUCCAUCUCCCAAUGCUCCCCGCUUUUUGUUGUUGUUAACUUGCUGCCUUGUUGUGACGCUUUGCAGAUCCAGGUCACCGUGAACGGCCAGGAAGUGUUGGCAGAAAAAGUGUCCACCUUGCGCGGCUGGUGGGAAGACACGAGCUUCCAGCUGGAGAGGCUGCAAGCGAACCCGGACUGUGUGGCCCAAGAAGAGGCAGGGCUGACCAAGCGCACGGAGCCCAGCUACACCCUGACCUUUAACCCCCAGGAAGAACUUCCCCUGCUGCAGGAAAUGGGUAUGGGGCAGACCAGGGCCAAGAAGAGGGGUGGGGAAAGGGGUGGGGCACCGCCUGGUACCUAAGUAAAGGUUGUCGACCCCUUGAAAGGAAGGAGCCUCAAUUAGCUAGGCAACUUGAACUUCAGUUGGUCUACUCUGAGUUGGGCUAGUGCAAGAUACCACCCUGAGAAAAAGGAAAUAGAGCUGUUGCCUGACCUCUUAGCAGAUUAAUUUUAGCAAAUAAAUUGAUUGCAUUUGCAUUUGGGUAAAAACAGUGGCGAUGAAGUGAGAAGUGUAUACUUUAUUAGCUUUGGAUAACAUGCAUGAGCCGCUGUAGGCAUGAUCUUAGGAGAGACAUCCUUUUGCGAGAGCAAAUGGGGGAUUCAUUUUCUGAGAUGUGAUAUUUGUAAGUACAGUCAAACCUCGGUUGUUGAACGUAAUCCAUUCUGGAAGUUCAUUUGGCUUCCGAAAUGUUCGACAACUGAGGUGUGGCUUCUGAUUGGUUGCAGGAGCAUCCUGCUCUCAAGCAGAAGCUGCGUCAGACGUUUGGCUUCCAAAAAAUGUUCGAAAACCGGAGCGUUUACUUCCGGUUUUUUUGCAUUUGGGAACCAAAAUGUUCCAAAACAGAGGCAUUCAGGAACCGAGGUUUGACUGUACCUGUAUUAAAAAUUACGUUUUAAAAAAACCCUGCCCACUUAAUCAAGAACACUUUUUGAGUUGACUUAAUCAGUAAGGCCACUUUUUUUAGUUGACUUGAUUUUGAAUUGUGAAAUCGAUUAAUUGUUCAUGGUAAAACCUUGCAGCCUAAUCGUGAAGGGAUGACAACAAACCGUGUGUCUUUUCCCUACAGCCCUUCCUGCCCCCCGUGUCGCCAUCCUUCGUGAAGAAGGGAGUAACGGGGACCGUGAAAUGGUGGCGGCGCUCCUCAUGGGUGGCUUCCAGGUGAGCAGACCAAUGUGGAUUUAGUGAAGGCAUCGCCCACAAGUGCUUUGAGAUGAAGAUCUCUAACCUAAUAAUGUCAGGAGAGCCCUGCAGGAUCAGGCCCCAGGUCCAACUCCUCCAGCAUUCUGUUCUCACAGCGGCCAAGCAGAUACACUCUCCCCUCUUGUGAUGGCACUCAGAGGCAUAAAAUGAUCUCUGGCACUGGAGGUGGAUCUCGGCCAUUGACAAGUGGAAUAACUGUGUCUUAGUGAAGUGAAGGCACGAGUCAGGUGUUGGUCAUCAGGUGAACUGUGCGUAAGCAAGCUGCCAGCUACCUCUGCGGAGGCUCUUUAUUAGCACAGUAUGCAAAACCAGUCAAAUACAUUUUGGACUGUGACCUUUACACAUCGUCCAAUCCCGAGAUCAAGGGGUGGUACAAGGUUAUUUUGGCACCUGUUUCCACCGCGUCAUUUCCCCCUUGCACAAUGUUUAAUCGAAAGAGACAAAGGUCAUCAGACUACUAAGAGAGCAAAAGGUUAGAUAGAGGGCAUGAUGUUCAGACAGCUGAGGCCUGUCUGCGGGUGGAAGUGUGCUCCACACCUGGCGAUCAUUCCUUCAUUCAGCGGUUGGCAAACUAAGGUCCCCGGGACAGAUCAGGCCCCCCUGGGUCCUGUAUCUGGCCCGUGAUGCGAAGCCAGAACCCGCUGUGAAGCUGAGACUCUCGGUGAUGGCGACGGAAGGAAAAGGCCGAGUGGUGGUGGUGGCUCUGCCAAUCAAACGCCAUGCCUGGUUAACUCAGUGGUGUUUGAUUGGCAGAGAUGUCCUCAUGCUGCCCUGAGGUAAACCAGGCGUGGUGUUUGAUUGGCAGAGCCACCACCACCACUCGGCCUUUUCCUUCCGUCGCCGCCACCACCCUGGUGCUCCUGUGGGCCAGAGAGCGGAGCGGACGAGCUCACUCUGCCUACCCACAAGAAGCAGCAGCUGUGGCAGUAGCCCCUGGGCAGGUAAGUGCAGCGGGUGGGGGUGGGGAGGAGGACUACUUGCCCCCCCAUGCCUCUUCUUCCAGCCCCCCCCCAGUGCCACUUCUCCAGCCCAACACAAGGUCUGAGGGACAGUGGACCGGCCUGCUGCUAAAUUUGUUUGCUGACCCCUGUCUUAAGUUAUUUAUUACACUUAACAUACAGUGGUACCUCUGGAUACGAACAGGAUCCGUUCCGGAUCCCCGUUCGCAUCCUGACGUGAACACGAUCCGUGUUUGCGGGUCACGAUUCACCGCUUCCGCACAUGCGCGUGACGUCAUUUUGACCGUCUGCGCAUGCGCAAACAGCAAAACCUGGAAGUAACACUCUGUUACUUCCGGGUCGCCGCGGAGCGCAACUGAAAGCACUCAACCUGAAGCAACUACAACCCGAGGUAUGACUGUACCAUAUUUUCCUCUGACGAGCUCAAGAUUUGUAUUCGUGUUUCUCCUCUUUCCUCAUUUUAUCCUCACAACAAACCCUGUGAGGCAGGUUAGGCUGAGUGACCAGGCUGAGUGUGAGCUUCAUGGCUGAGUGAGGAUUUGAACCCUGGUCUCCCAGGCCAUAGCCUGGCACUAUGCCACACAAUAUGGAGUAGGUUCAUUGAGAUUAAUGGACGUACAGUGGUGCCCAGCAAGACGAAUGCCUCGCAAGACGAAAGGGUUUUGCGUUUUUUGAGUCGUUCUGCAAGACGAAUUUCCCUAUGGGCUUGCUUCGCAAGACGAAACUGUUGGAAAUCAAGCCUUUAUCAGGAGAAACUGGCCACUCUCCAGGCACCCAGCUUGAUCUCCUGUUGACCUCCCUGUCUGCAUUCCCAGCAGGAUACAGGCUAGGUCGCAAUAGGCGAUCCUUCUCAGCGUGAGAAGAACACACCUCCUCUUUCCUGCCCCCCGGGCAGGGGAAAGAGAUAGACAGAAACGUAUUUACAUGCCUUUAUUUCUGUCUUUGCAGCGUUACAGAAAAAAUGACUGCUCUCUUCAUACUCCUGCAGUCGAGAGAGAACAAACACUCCCUGUCCAGCUCAUAUUACACUCUGAUCUAAUUCCGGUGCCCUCUGCACUGUGAAUUGACUGUCCCUCUGUUUCCCACGGAACAGUCCCAACAUUCCAUCAUGUUUUGUUUUCAAGCUACCAGCAGCUCGCGGCUGCAUUGCUUCAAUAUCGUAACUUGCGAGUUCUUGCGAGUUUGUUUCCUUUUUCUUAAAGCCGCUAAUAGCCGUGCUUCGCAAGACGAAAAAACCGCAAGACAAAGAGACUCGCGGAACGGAUUAAUUUCGUCUUGCGAGGCACCACUGUAAGUCAUUUCAGCGGGUCUCCCCUCAGUAGGACUUUAACAUUGGAUAUCACCGAAAAACUGAAGGAACAGGAACCUCACGCAAGGAGUUGGAUCUCCUCCCCGCAAUGUUUCUGUCACUUCGAUCCCCUCCCUUCCUGAAAGGCCUCCUCUUUAUUGUCUUCUCUCCGCCCUCACUUCAGGUCUGGGACCUCACCAUGCAAGACCUGUGCUCGGGCGAGAUGACGCUGGACUCCUUCCGCGGCCUGGUGUUUGUCGGAGGGUUCAGCUACGCAGAUGUUUUGGGUUCUGCCAAAGGUCAGCCUUGCCUCUUGCAAGGAACGGGGCCGUCCGCUUGCCUCGGGUCGAGGAGAAAGCUUCCACCCAAUCUUGUGGCAAGGGAUGGCGGCCUUGUUGCUGGGGUUUGGGCAGGGGGUUCCUAACUGCCUCACGCUCUUUGGGAGAUGCUGUUGCCGCUGAUGCCAUGAUAGCUGUGGGGGUCUUUGGCAUGUGGUUCAGAAGGGCUUGCAAAAUCCAGACAAUUCAUCUCCUUUUUUCUUGCUUGCAGGCUGGGCAGCUUCGGUGACCUUUAACCGCAGGGCGCAGGCUCAGUUCCAGGCCUUUCAUCGGCGCAGAGACACCUUCAGCCUGGGCAUCUGCAAUGGCUGCCAGCUGAUGGGACUGCUAGGCUGGGUGGGGAACAAGAGCGCUGAUGUGCAAGAUGAAGGUAAGCGAGUUGGUAGUGGAAUGGACUCCCUCGGAAGAUGGUGCCCUCUUCUUCACUGGGGGCGUUGAAUCAGAGAUUGGAUGGCCAUCUGUUGGGGGCUUUUUACAGUGGUACCUCGGGUUACAUACGCUUCAGGUUACAGACUCCCCUAACCCAGAAAUAGUACCUUGGAUUAAGAACUUUGUUUCAGGAUGAGAACAGAAAUCACACGGCGGUUGUGCGGCAGCAGCGGGAGGCCCCAUUAGCUAAAGUGGUGCUUCAGGUUAAGAACAGUUUCAGGUUAAGAACGGACCUCCGGAACGAAUUAAGUACUUAACCCAAGGUACCACUGAAGUUGUGAUUCCUGCUUUUCAGGGGGUUUGGGUUAGGGGACCCUUCAUGAUUCCAGGAAACUUGGAAUAAGGGUAUGCUUGCUUUGCACCCUGAAUGCUGCUCUGGUCAAAGGUGGAUUGAGGCAAGGUUACCAGACGCCCCCGUUUCCCAGGGACAGUCCCCGGAUUUACAAAUCAGUCCCCAUACAAAAUCCAUUGAAGUUGAAAAGUGUCCCCGGAUUCAUUGAAAAAAAAUCUGGUAACCUUAGUUUGAGGAUCCUUGGAAACAUUGGCCUGCUAAAAACUUAAUUGCUUUGGCAAGCCUCUCCAGGUAGGUCACAUGUUUUAAUGUUUUCAGCUUAUUGUUGAUAUUAAUCAUUCUUUGAUUUUUUUAAAAUACUUGCUUCGGCUGUUUUUACUGACAAUGUCAUUGUUUUAUUUAAACCCCGUUGAGGUUUGUUUGGUGUUUUUUUUUACAACCAAGCAGUAUGUAAAUCACAUGAAAUAAAAAAAAGAGAUAUAAAAAUUUUCUUGAUCUUGGUUAUUAUUCCAGGUGGCGCCAUCCAGCCAGGUGUGCUGCUGAGUCCCAACAAUUCUGGGCGCUUUGAGUCUCGUUUUGUGAGCGUCGGCAUCGAGGAGAGUCCGGCACUGAUGUUCCGGGGCAUGGCUGGUUCUACCCUGGGCAUCUGGGUGGCACAUGGAGAAGGUAAUCUUUGUUUUAAAAAAUUGAGUGGGGUGGGGAGAGGGUUCAUAAUUAGGUUUAGAAAAACCUUCAGUGCAAGUAACUGGAAAUGGGAAUAAAGCACCAGUGAUUUCUGAAAGGCAUAAAAAAAAUUAAGGGGUUAUACACUAAUAUGUAAAAUGACAAAUUAUAUUUAUUUUAGAGACAGGAAUUAAACAUGCUUGAUUGAUAGAAAAAAUGUUUGCAGUUUUAACUGGCUUUCUGUAAUGUUUGAAGAAAUGUAUUCAAUAUGUUGCCCUUAGAGCUCUGGUGCAUGUAACAGCGUUGACUUUUAAUAACAUAAUUACAAUAAUUAAUAAGCUUCAGUACUGGGAGCUGAAGGCCGCCUUUUUCAUUUUUUAAACAUUUCUAUUUUUUAAGAGAACACAGAAGCAUGCAAAUAUGAAAAAACCAAGACAUAAAGCUCAAAAUGCAAGAAGCUAAACAAUGCACACUCUUUAUCAAGAGGAGCUAUUGGGAAUGGGGUUAAGAGAAAAGAAACCUUUUUUCAAGUCCAGUGAUCCCUCUGACUUAUGCUAACACCACUGCCAGACCUUGCGUGCAUGUGCAUGUUCUCCUGGGAAAGAUUCUAAUUCCAGUAAGAAAUCCCCCCCUGGUUUGUUUGUUUUUAGAAUUCAGCACAAAGCAUUGAGAAAACUGCCUUGUUCAUGUGGCUUUGUGGGCGCAUUUGCAAGUUCCUACUGGACUGAGAGUAAUCUAGGCUGGCCAAUGGAGAGAGGCUGCCACAUAAAUAUUGUGAGAGUCCACGACUCAUCACUCACCUUUUCCCUCUUCCUGCAGGUCGGAUGCGAUUCCGCUCAGAUGAAGUCCUGGCCCAGGUGCGCUCUGCUCGCUUGGCGCCUCUCCGCUACGUGGAUGACCAGGGUCUGCCAACUGAGGAGUACCCUAUGAAUCCCAAUGGGUCUCCACUGGGCAUUGCGGGCAUUUGCUCUCCCGAUGGGCGCCACUUGGCGAUGAUGCCUCACCCUGAGCGAUGUGUCCUUCCCUGGCAGUGGCCUUGGAUGCCCGCCUCCUGGCGCCAGUCUCUGAAGGUCUCCCCGUGGCUCCGCAUGUUCCAGAACGCCUGCGAGUGGUGCUUGCGCUAUCCCCAGGGCCAGCCUUGACCUUGCUUUCCGCUGCCUUUCUGAAAACUUUCUACACCCACUCACAAGCUACACUGCACCAUCAAUUGCAAGCUGGACUAGACCAGAUUAGACACGGUCCCUGUGGUGUGGAUGCAAAACUUUCCAGUGCUGUUAUCCUCAUACAUAGUCUAGGUCCCUAGCCCCCACACCCGCAACACACAUUUGAAUGAACUUAGGGAGGGGUCAAGGAAGAACGGAUGUGCAGUCCCUCCAGUGGGCACAGGGGGGUGACAUUGUGCAAUAAAUAAGUUGGUUUGUACCAAUCCAAUUGUGGAACAACGUGGGACCAAUGGAGUUUCUAUAUUGCCAAUAAAAGCAAAUUUGAAUUUAGAAAUACGCA